UUUUUUAGAAGAAAGAAAAGGAGAAAAUGGCACGAUUGAGUGCGGUUCCUCUUUUCUUCUGGCUUUUGGGCAGAUCUCUGGCCGGAUUUCCAAACCAGAUAAAUAUAGGUGGGCUCUUCAUGCGCUCAACGGUGCAAGAGCACAGUGCUUUCAGAUUUGCUGUGCAGCUUUACAACACCAAUCAGAACAUGAGUGAGAAGCCAUUCCAUCUGAAUUACAAUGUGGAUAACCUGGAGUCCUCCAACAGCUUCUCCGUCACUCAUGCCUUCUGUUCUCAGUUCUCCAGAGGAGUCUACGCCAUCUUCGGCUUCUAUGAUAAGAAGUCCAUGAACACGCUGACCUCCUUCUGUGGCGCCCUCCACACUUCCUUCAUUACUCCCAGUUAUCCAAUCGACUCUGACGUCCAGUUUGUCAUCCAGAUGCGCCCGCCCCUAAAGGGGGCCGUCCUUAGUCUCCUGACCUAUUAUAGAUGGGAGAAGUUUGUGUACCUCUACGAUACAGAUAGAGGAUUCUCCAUACUCCAAGCCAUAAUGGAGGCAGCAGUGGCAAACAACUGGCAGGUGACAGCUCGAUCAGUGGGGAGUGUGACAGACCCACAGGAGUACAAGCGCAUCCUCGAGGAAAUGGACAGAAGGCAGGAGAAGCGCUAUCUCAUUGACUGUGAAGUGGACAGGAUCAGCAUCAUCUUGGAGCAGGUCGUGACCCUGGGCAAGAACAGUCGAGGCUACCAUUACAUCCUGGCCAAUCUGGGCUUCUCCAAUGUGAGCCUGGACAAGGUGUAUGUUGGCGGCGCAAACAUAAGUGGCUUUCAAAUAAUCAAUCCUGAAAACCCUGUCGUGCAGCAGUUCCUUCAGCGCUGGGACCGGUUAGAUGAAAGAGAAUUCCCAGAGGCAAGGAACACACCUCUGAAGUACACCUCUGCAUUGUCCUACGAUGCCAUCCUGGUGAUAGCGGAGGCGUUCCGGUACCUGCGGCGUCAGCGUGUGGAUGUCUCAAGACGGGGCAGUGCUGGAGAUUGCCUGGCCAAUCCAGCAGUCCCCUGGAGUCAAGGCAUCGACAUUGAGAGGGCUCUCAAAAUGGUCCAAGUACAAGGGAUGACUGGCAAUAUCCAGUUUGACAGUUUCGGCCGCAGAUCAAACUACACUAUCGACGUUUAUGAGAUGAGAGCAGGCGGGCCGAGAAAGAUCGGGUACUGGAACGAGUUUGAGCGCUUUGUAAAUAUAAUGGAUCAGCCAUACAGCAACGAUUCAUCCUCAGUGGAAAACCGAACAAUUGUGGUCACUACUAUUAUGGAAGCGCCAUAUGUGAUGUACAAGAAAAACCAUAUGCAUCUGGAAGGCAAUGACAAGUAUGAAGGCUACUGUGUCGAUUUAGCUUCCGAGAUAGCCAAACACGUUGGGAUUAAGUACAGACUGUCUAUAGUCAUGGAUGGCAAGUAUGGCGCCCGCGACCCAGAGACCAAAACAUGGAACGGGAUGGUGGGUGAACUAGUAUAUGGGAGAGCAGACAUAGCUGUUGCACCACUGACUAUAACAUUGGUUCGAGAAGAAGUUAUAGAUUUUUCUAAGCCCUUCAUGAGCUUAGGCAUUUCUAUUAUGAUCAAGAAACCUCAGAAGUCCAAGCCAGGUGUAUUCUCCUUCCUGGACCCACUUGCGUACGAGAUCUGGAUGUGCAUUGUGUUCGCCUACAUUGGCGUGAGUGUGGUGCUGUUCCUUGUGAGCCGCUUCAGUCCGUACGAGUGGCAUCUGGACGAGACAGAUGAAGCCAAAGACCCCCAGACUCCUCCUGACCCGCCUAAUGACUUUGGGAUUUUUAACAGCCUGUGGUUCUCUCUGGGGGCAUUCAUGCAGCAGGGCUGUGAUAUCUCACCAAGGUCCUUAUCGGGCAGAAUAGUGGGAGGUGUCUGGUGGUUCUUCACCCUCAUCAUCAUCUCGUCCUAUACUGCUAACCUGGCUGCCUUCCUCACAGUCGAGAGAAUGGUCUCACCCAUUGAGAGCGCAGAAGAUCUAGCCAAACAAACAGAGAUUGCCUAUGGAACAUUGGACUCAGGUUCUACCAAAGAGUUCUUUAGGCGCUCGAAAAUAGCAGUGUAUGAAAAAAUGUGGUCAUACAUGAAAUCUGCUGAGCCAUCUGUUUUUGCCAAGACCACGCCAGAUGGGGUGGCCCGGGUGCGAAAGUCAAAGGGCAAGUUUGCCUUUCUGCUGGAGUCCACCAUGAAUGAAUACAUCGAGCAGAGGAAGCCGUGUGACACCAUGAAAGUUGGAGGAAAUCUCGACUCUAAAGGCUAUGGUGUGGCGACCCCCAAGGGCUCAGCAUUAAGAACUCCUGUAAACCUUGCAGUAUUGAAACUCAGUGAACAAGGCAUCUUAGCCAAGCUGAAAAACAAAUGGUGGUACGAUAAGGGUGAAUGUGGGACCAAGGACUCUGGAAGUAAGGACAAGACAAGUGCUCUGAGUCUGAGCAAUGUAGCUGGAGUCUUCUAUAUUCUGGUUGGUGGUCUGGGGCUGGCCAUGAUGGUGGCUUUAAUAGAAUUCUGUUACAAGUCACGCGCUGAAGCUAAAAGGCUGAAACUUGAAAAAAACACCCAAAACUUUAAGCCUGCCCCGCCUACCAACACUCAAAACUUUGCUACCUACCGAGAAGGCUACAAUGUGUAUGGGACAGAGAGUGUUAAGAUCUAGAGCAGAUGCAGGCCCUGUAAAUGUUUGUGUCAGCCUUGAUGAUUGUGAAAAGAAAACCUUAAAAAGCGAUGGCUGGAUCUUUAAGAGGUCUCACCCUCUUUCCCCUUCCUAUUUCAUCCACAUUCAUCAUCUGAGAGAAAGACAGAAGUGGACAUUAUCACUGGAAAGAACAUGGACGUUUCCUUCAGUGCCUUAUGGAACAUUCUGAGAAUCACUCGAAUGUAAGCUCAUCAUGGUGACAUCCCAUUGCUCCGAUAACAUAUAAAACACAUGAAGGAAUGCCAUUGCCAUCUGUGAAUGAACUCUUGAACUGCAUAACUCCAUCGAAAUCAAGAAACAAAGCCAUCACUUGUGAUCUGAGCACAUUUGGAAGAGCCAGACUGAAAACUGUGUUGGAUACAAUGAGUCUCAUGGUAUCGGUACGCUGCUGGACAUGGUUAUCGAUUGAAUCUUGACAACAACAACAAAAAAAAAAUGCUUGUACUUCAUCAACUGUAAAUUUGCUUUCAC